GUGGACUCGAAAAACAAUCGCAGUGCUAUUGGGGUGAACUUCAAGAUAAGAGGGGCAGAGGGCCAAGUUCCAGCAAAUGACAGGCCAAAAAAUUUUAACCAAAGCAGCAAAAAAUGCUGUGGCUGUUUAUUUAAACGAUGCUUGAAGAACUCAAAAACUGAAUUACAGAUUAAUAUUAGGGUAAUGCUCAUAUAAAGCUACUUGUUAUGUAAACAACGACUAGUGCCCUAAGCUACAAGGUAAAUAGAGCUCUUCAGGGAUGGAUUCCAUGCCCAAGAGAGGCGAUGGACGCUUAAUGUUUAAGGCAACCAAACCCCAUUUUAUCAAGAUAAUUCUUGAUGAUACCAUUUGCAGUAGGAAGCUAAUUCCAAGAAAGUUUGUCAGGAGAUAUGGAAGUGAUCUGUCAAGUCCUGCACUCCUGAAGGUUCCUAGUGGUGACAAAUGGAAGGUAGAGCUGGUGAAAUGUGAUGGUGAGAUUUGGUUAAAAAAUGGGUGGCAGGAAUUUGUGGAGCAUUACUCUCUAGCCCUUGGAUCCUUCAUAAUUUUUGAAUAUGAACAAAAUUGUCUGUUCAAUGUAAUCAUAAUUGACAAGAGCGCCUCGGAGAUAGACUAUCCAUUAAGCAUCAUCAAUGGAGAUAAUGGAAAGCCCAAUCUUGAGCAAGAAUUCCCAGAGCCAGAGAUUGAAGAAAAUGAAAAUGAAUUCUCAAUAUUGUGUCACUCCUCCCCAUCCCGAAAAACAAAAGGCAAAUCAGCAUUACCAUUCCCUCAGGCUCACAAGAAGAUAAAGGUGGAGAAUCCCACAGAAAACGUAAAUGAACACUUCCCCACUGGACAAUUUGAAGGCAUGUCCAGUAAGAAGAGAACCUUGCAUGGAGCUGUGACGAGGAGAAAGCCAUUGACAGCUGAGGAGAAAGCUAAUGCAUUUCACAGAGCAAGCACAAACUUUAAAUCUGGAAAUCCUUACUUCAUGAUUGCAAUGCCGCCAUCAUUUCAUAGUAGAUUGAAUAUACCAGCAACCGCUGCCAGGGAAUAUUUCAACAAAAGCGGGGCUGUGACCCUCAAUACAGUUGAUGGGAAAACUUGGUCUGUACGGUAUUCGUAUAAGGAAUACAGUAGAAAUAAACUAUCAGCUAAAUUAAAUAAUGGCUGGAGAAAAUUUGCAAAAGAAAAUCACUUGGAAGUUGGUGAUGUUUGUGUUUUUGAACUGAUUAAUCGCAUUGAUAUUACAUUGAAAGUAGUCAUUUUCCAACACAUCAAAGAUGCAAAUAGCAACCCAUCACUUGGAAACAGCAAGCAAUUGAAACAUGAAGAAAGUCCUAUCCACAAGCAGUUUAAUCCAGGGAAUUCCUCAAAGGUUCUCGGCGCUAUCGAAGCUGCCAAGAACUUUACCUCGGUGAAUCCUUUCUUUAAAGUGAUCAUUCGUCCCAGCAAUAGGCGCACCUCAGUGCCUGUACCGCUAAAUCUUGUUGCGAAAAGUACAAAGCAAGGCACGAACAAAGUAAUUUUACAAGUUGAGAGCAGACUGUGGCCUGUGAAAUUGGUCAGGUAUCAAUUUUAUGGUACAGCUCUGUUGUCAGGUGGGUGGCCUAAAUUUUCAAAGGAAAAUUUUCUGCAAGUGGGAGAUGUUUGCAUCUUUGAGCUUAUUAAUAGUGAAGCUGUGCUUCUAAAAGUUACCAUUUUCAGAAAUGUUAAUUGAAUUUGUUCACUGCUACUUAGACAAGUUGAUAAGUUUGGUUGGUGUUAAGCACUAUUCACUUGUUCUUUUGUUCUUGGAUAGCUUGGUAGAAGUAACUUGAUUGUCUGUUCAAGGAUUUAGGGGCAAUGAACAACUAUUUGAAGUUUCUGUUGAACGUGUAACGAUGACAUUUUAUUU